AUGUCCGAAGCCAAAUCUUCCCCCGUUAACACUCUGACAACCUUCCUCGCCCUCUACCUCACGACGCUAUUCUCCCUCGACACCUGGACGGCCGCCCGCAACUCGCCCUACCGCGAGCCCUCCGCAACCAGCUUUUACCGCCCCGCGAACAGACCGUCGGAAUACCAGGCGGGCAUGCAUGGGCAGGGCAGGAGGGGCACGGGUGGAAGUGGAGGUGGGAGGAGGGAGGAAGGUUACCGGCCACGUUGGAUAUGCGAGCGCCGUUGA